AUGCCAAGAGUCGCUAUUAUCAUCUACACGCUAUAUGGCCACGUCGCUGCCACUGCCGAAGCUGAAAAGAAGGGUAUCGAAGCUGCUGGUGGGUCUGCAGACAUCUACCAAGUCGAAGAAACUUUGUCGCCAGAAGUUGUCAAGGCCCUCGGCGGAGCCCCAAAGCCAGACUACCCAAUUGCCACCCAGGACACUUUGACCGAAUACGAUGCCUUCCUGUUUGGUAUCCCAACCAGAUUUGGUAACUUCCCCGCUCAAUGGAAGGCAUUCUGGGACCGUACCGGUGGGUUAUGGGCUAAAGGGGCUCUACACGGUAAAGUCGCUGGCUGUUUCGUCUCCACCGGGACCGGUGGUGGUAAUGAAGCCACUAUUAUGAACUCUCUAUCCACUUUGGCUCAUCACGGUAUCAUCUUUGUCCCAUUGGGUUACAAGAAUGUUUUCGCCGAAUUAACCAACAUGGACGAAGUCCAUGGGGGUUCUCCCUGGGGUGCUGGUACCAUCGCUGGCAGUGACGGUUCAAGAUCUCCUUCCGCUUUGGAAUUACAGGUACACGAAACCCAAGGUAAGACUUUUUACGAAACUAUUGCUAAAUUCUAA